AUGAUUGUGAAUAUGGCUGGUACAAAUGAAAAUCUUCCAGAUGUAAUCCGCUCUACAAGAACACAACAAGGAGGAGGAGGAGGAGGAGGGGGAUUAAAGGCAGGAUGUGGGAAACCAGUGGCCCCACUUGGUCAAAACAGGAGGGCAUUGAGUGAUAUCAACAAGAACAUCAUCAGAGCUCCACCAGCAUAUCCUUAUGCUGCUAACGGAUUACCAGGAAAAAAACCAAUCGCUACUAAGAAACCUGUUCCAGUUCGUCGACCCAUUACUAGGACUAUUAGUGCACAAACGACAACCAAACCAUCACUUCCCUUGCCCACUGGCAAACCAUCAUUUCCCUUACCUGAGGGUAAGAAGCCAAAAGUCCAAAUUAUCCCUGAUGAGAUUGACACUGAAGACUUGAACAUCAUUGAUGUUGAAGAUGAUUUUAAUGCACCGAUGUUUGUUCAACAUACAGAAGCUAUGCUGGAUGAAAUUGACAAGAUGGAUGAAGAUGUAUACGAGGAGCCAGUUUUGGACAUUGACAAUGCUGAUAAGGGUAAUCCCUUGCUGUGGUUGAGUACAUUGAUGAAAUUUUUGCCCACUACCGAAAACAAGAGGUAUUGA